UCAACAUCUCCUCUUUGACCACUUCUUUCUCUUUCUCAUCAUUGACUUCGACUUUCAUAUUCGAUCUGAAUACUACUCACGCUCUUUUCAAACCUACAUAUUGUUGAUACCUUUUUGCCCCCCUUUCGAACUAUUUACAUAUCUCAUAAACCUACAUAGUGGAUCUUUAUAACCCAACACGAAUCUCGAACCUCCUUUGACUUUCACCCUUAUAUCCCACUCUUCGUCAUAUUCCCAAUAUCCCAUUCUAUAACCAUACGAAACACCUCAAACGACAAAAACGGACGAACGACGAUUAUACCAAGAGAGAAUAAACGAUAUUCCUGUAGAAAGUUAUAAGAUAAACGCGAGAAACAACCAUCACGAGCAAUGUUGAUUCGAUCCCUUUUCGCCAUCCUUCCUCUACUCCCACUCUCAUUGGCAAGUCAUCAGAAUCCCAGACAUCCUAAACGUUCUCAUCACGGACUACAAUUAUUGGAUCGAGAUGCGGAUUUGACACCUAGGAACGUGAGCUUAUUGGAGGAAAGAGGACAGACGUUUUAUGGUACAGGAACGUAUUUUUUUGUCGGAUUAGGAGCUUGUGGUCAGUAUUCUAAUGAUAAUGAUUGGAUGGUUGCGCUGAAUUCAUUAAGUUAUGGCGGUGGCUAUCCUGGACCUCAAUGCUUCAAAUAUAUUUGUAUAGAAGCCAAUGGUCAGACCAGAUGCGGUAUUGAAAUCCUCGAUGAAUGUCCGACGUGUUACAAUGCUGGAGAUCUUGAUCUGUCUCCUGGACUCUUCCAACAAUAUGCCAAUACGGAUGCUGGAACUAUUCAAAUGACUUGGUGGUAUCAGGAUGAUGGCCCAACAUCGUCAAACACCCCAACACCUACAUCCACAUGGCAACCACCAACCUCAACCUCAACGUGGCAAGCUCCCACUACGUCCAGUACGACAACUUGGUCACCUUCACCAUCCUCCACCACAUCGACCACUCCGACAUCCACCACAUGGUCAUCAAGCACAACAGCACCUCCUUCUACCAUCACAUCGUCGACAUCAUCAUAUUCUUCCAGUUCGAGCAGUAACAGUACCAACCCAUAUGCCAUUAUCAACAACGUGAGCGAUACAUCAUCCAGUGUGAGCGCGAGCGCCAGUGCAAGUGCCUCAUCUUCAACCGAUGGAGACACGGGAGAGACGCCGCAAAUCACAUACGAGGUACAGGGGAAUUUAUUGUUGAUCAAUGGCCUCGUGGCGAAUGUAGGGGGAUUGAUGGUCGCUGCUGCGGGUGGAGUUUAGAGUGGAGGAGUGAGUGAUAGGGUGGAGUGAUAGGGUGAUGUUAUAGUGUCAUUGAGGGGAGAUAGUGAAGUGAAGGUGUGGAGGAACGUCAUUGAGGAUCGGGUAUCCGUGAUGACGUAGAUUUAUCUUCGGAUGUAUGAGACGUUUACUAUUCCCCUGGGAUUAACCUGCGGCUUGAUAUACGAUCCCUCAUGCUAAGUGAUCCGUACUC